CUCGGGCAUAAAAGCCAGAGUCUCGGAGCUGUGACCCAGUGCAGAAGGGAACGAGCUGGGGAGAGCUGCCGACUGCAGGCAGCCUUCUUCAGCCUCAAGCACCCAUCCCUCCAGCCCUCAGAUGGCUCUGACUGUCCCUCUGAUCGUUCUUGCAGUCCUGCUCAGCCUGAUGGAGUCUCCAGCCUCUGCUCCGGUCCACAGGGGGCGAGGAGGCUGGACCCUCAACAGUGCUGGUUACCUCCUGGGUCCCGUACUCCAUCCGCCCUCCAGGGCUGAAGGAGGCGGGAAGGGGAAGACAGCCCUCGGGAUCCUGGACCUGUGGAAGGCCAUUGAUGGGCUCCCCUAUCCCCAGUCUCAGUUGGCCUCCAAGAGGAGUCUGGAGACUUUCGCCAAACCAGACUCUGGAGUAACAUUUGUUGGAGUUCCUGACGUGGUGCCGUGGAAACGAAUCCGACCAGGAACUACGAGGUUUCAGAUCUAGGCAAGCUCUGCAAGAACGUUCCAAAGGAGAAAGAUGCCUUGUCGUCAUAUAUGCCUCCAAACUUCCGCUCCAAACUUCCCCCCCGUCCCCAGAUCCUCCUGAAACCCUAGGUAGACACCCUCUACUGAGACUGGGAGCCUGAAAGUAAAUCCCCAAAUCCCAGGUAGAAAAUGGGGAGCAUUUGAAGAAUUAUUCUCAAAAGUCCCCGGACUGUGCCAGGUUUCACUGAUCCCCCCCCCCCCUCCUUGGACUAAGUGUAAAGCGAUGUAAACCAACUCAAGAAUAAUUCUGAAACCAUUCAGGAGAUCCGGAGAGGAAUCGGGAAAUACUCCUGCAGUGCAUUUAAAGUAACUGGGUCCUAUGCAACAUGAGCCAUUGGAUCAUACAAUAUUGAUAUCCCUUCUAACACGGAGGUUCUAGGGUGUCUCAGCUGGAAAAGAUUCUUCAGAGUAGCAUGCUUGCCUUACCCCAUCCUUCUCACCCCACCCCGAGCCUCCUCCAGCAGAAAGGACGAGAGGCCAUCUGGAGCAGAGCAGAGAGAAUAAAUAUUCCCUUUCAAAGAA